AUGGACCAAACGCACAGCUUCGACGCAGAGCAGGAUCCGACCGAGACGCACCCGACCCGUCACCACCUGGAGCCCCCAUCCGGGUUGACCCCCGAGGAGUUCGCGGACCUCAAAUCCUCUAUCAUGGAGCACCACACCUACUCCAUGACCGCGCGCCAAUGCUCCUCCCUCCUCGCCCAGCGAAUCCACGCGCCGCCGCACACUGUCUGGUCCGUCGUCCGCUGCUUCGACAACCCCCAGGCCUACAAGCACUUCAUCAGGAGCUGCCACGUCAAGGAGGGUUUCCAGCUCGCCGUGGGCUGCACUCGCGACGUCAACGUCAUCUCCGGGCUACCGGCAGCCACCAGCACAGAGCGCCUCGACCUCCUCGACGACGACCGUCACGUCAUCGGUUUCACCAUCGUCGGCGGCGAGCACCGCCUCAGGAACUACCACUCCGUCACCUCCGUGCACGGGUUCGAGCGCGACGGCAAGAUCUGGACCGUUGUUCUGGAAUCUUACGUGGUGGAUGUCCCCGAGGGAAACACCGAGGAAGACACGCGUCUCUUCGCUGACACCGUCGUGAAGCUCAACCUCCAGAAGCUCGCGUCUGCUACUGAAGGGAUGAACGGUGAUGCUGACGGUGACCGGAACGGUAGGUCAUAG